ACAGGUGUCGUGGUCAGGACCUUACAAUGUUCCCUGCAUCAGAGGCAGCAGUGGCCAGCAGGCCUUAUGCAUGCAGCAAGUGCAGCAAGAGCUUCUGCUACAGUUCUGUGCUGCCGCGGCAUGAAUAUGCCCAUGCUGGCGACAGCUGCUUCUGCUGCCUAGACUGUGGUAAGCGCUGCACGGGGGCUGCAGACCUCUGCUCCCACCGACGUGCCCACAGUGGCCAGACGCUUUACAUCUGCAGUGAGUGUGGCCAGAGCUUUCAUCACAGCGGCCGACUUGACCUACACCAAAGUGAAUACCAGCGGCUCAGACACUCCUGUUCCUGCCGCACCUGUGGGCGCCGCUUCCCACAUCACCCUGCUCUGUUACUACACCCCCAUCCACCAGAGCAACCCUGCCGAUGUCAGCUGUGUGCCCGCAUCUUCUGCCAGAGUGCACUGCGCUUCCACCAGGAGCGGGUGCACCCGUGGGGACCCUCUGUCGCACCUAUCACCCAGCUCCACCACUGCGCUCAGUGCCCACGGGCCUUCCGCAGCAGUGCAAGGCUGCAGAGCCACACAUGUGCCCAUGUGGCCCGUAACACUGGUGACUCCCUGCCUCAGCAGCCACAGGCCCUGGACCUGCACCAGUGCAGCAAGAGCUUUGGCAGGAGCUCCACCCUGACGACACAUCUACAGACGCACUCCGGUGAGAAACCUUUCAAGUGCCCUAUGUGCGGCAAAGCCUUCUUGGAGAGCACCACUCUGGUGCGCCAUCAUGUACACACAGGCGAGAAACCCUUCGCCUGUGGUGACUGCGGGCGCCGCUUCAGUGAGAGCUCCACGCUGCUGCGCCACUGGCGCAGCCACCAGGGUGAGCGGCCGCACGCGUGCUCCAUGUGCGGCAAGACCUUUGGGCAGCGCUCGGACCUGGUGGUGCACCAGAGCAUCCACACAGGUGAGAGGCCUUUCCCAUUCCCCGACUGUAGCCGGGCCUUCAGUGACCGCUCAGAUCUCACCAAGCACAGGCACACACACAGUCGCAACCAUGCUGGCCACAAGCCCCACAAGUGUCCUGAAUGUGGCAAGGCCUUCAGUGUGGGCUCCAAGCUGGCACUGCAUCGCAAGACGCACCUGGGUGAGCAGCCUGCAGAAUGUGCUGAGUGUGGCAAGUGCUUUAGCCACAGCCGUUCCCUGUCACAGCACCAGCAGGCCCAUACUCGUGCUCGAGCUGCAGCUGCCACUGCUGCCCCCAAAGGUACUGCUGGUACCACCCUCAUCUGCUGA